AGUCACUUGGAUAGAGAAAAAGUAUAUUCCUUUUUUUUUUUCUUCUUGUUUUUCUUUCUUAAAUAUGUUAACGAUUGAAGGUUUUCUUGACACGGUACGUCAAAAUGUGUCACGAAAAGAUAUCCCCAAAAUCAUUGUGACAGGCAAUGAUUCUGCAGACCUUGACUCGAUUAUUUCUUCUCUCUUAUUUGCCUAUCUAAGCUACCUCAACGACACAUCCACACUCUAUCUUCCUCUGAUCAAAGUACCCCGCGACGACCUCGAACUUCGCCCUGAACUCAAAUACGUGUUUGAAGAAACCCAGCUCGACUACCACCAACUGAUUUGUAUCGAUGACCUUGACUGGGACGCUUUGACCUGUCCUCGCAUUGUGCUGGUGGACCAUAAUCAUCUUACUGCACCCUUCCAUACGCCUGUAUGGCAUGACCGCGUAGUAGGUGUACUUGACCAUCAUGUGGAUGAAAAACUCUACUUGGACGCACCUUUACGUGUGGUUGAGAUGGUAGGGUCUUGUGUCACAUUAGUGCUUGAGCAGUUUCCUGAAGAAGCAUGGAUCCACCAUACUCAAGUAACUCAGUUGGCCCUGGCUCCCUUGUUAGUAGACACGGUCAACCUCAAAUGGGAACUGGGCAGAACGACCGAGAAAGACGUUGCCCUGUUUGAGAAACUAAAGACAAGACAAGCAGGGUUGAUAGACAACCAGUACUUCAAGGCAAUUGAACAUGUCAAAUCCAAAGUAGAUACGAUGUCAAGCUAUCAUAUCUUGCGCAGAGACUAUAAGGAAUUCAUUGUGAAGGGGUAUCGUAUUGGUACAAGUGCAGUGACAUGGUAUUUCCAUGCCUGGGCAGAAAGAGAUUCGCCUCAAGAGAUUGAACAAGCAGCAAAGAAAUACACACAAGAACGCCAGUUGGAUAUGGAGGUCAUUUUCACUGCUUUUGAUCAUGACAAAGAAGGCGCAGGUGACUAUAAAAGGCAACUUGCAGUGAUGGUGUGUGAUCCCAAGUUAAAAGUGGUUCAAGAAGCACUUGAAACAACAGAUCAAGUCCAGUUAACUCGUAUUGAUGCACUUCAGACAGAUAGCUUAACAUUCUAUGAUCAAGGCAAUGUUCGUAUGUCGCGUAAACAAGUGUGGCCAUUGGUGAAAGAAUUGAUUGAAAGUAAGCUGUAAUAAACGCUGAUUGGUUUUUGAGUUGGAUGAUCUUUUGGAAAAGCAGGAUGUUUGUGCCAUUCUGUGAAUUUCAGCCAAUCAAAACUCAAUUUCAAGCAAACGUGAUUUAAAGAAAGGUGAAUAUCCUUUAGGAUUGUUAUCAAGACUCACAUAUAUAUAUAUAUAUGUGUGUGU